GGAGUCCUUAAUAAAAAGUAAAUAAUUUUCAACGUUUCCAAACGAAAUUUUCGAAAGAUGGCGGCAAAUUCCUCUUUCAACCGUCAUCUGUUGAGCUGUCUUCAUUCAUUCAGUAGAAAAAUUGUAAACAAAUCGCGAUGAGGUUAAAUCUUUGUGCUUUUCAAAAAGAAGAAUAUCAUUUUGUUGAAGAGUUGUGUUAAGUUGUUUGUAAUUGUGUAUGCUGUGUUACGUGAAAAAAAAUGACUGAGGAUAUAAGUGUAACGUUUAUUAUUCCAAAAGACUGCCGAAAUGAGAGUGAGUGUUCAGAGGAGAUGCAAUUAGCGUUUCUGACUUGUGAACAGCAUUGUGGAGGAGGUUUGCAAGCAAGAUGGGUGCAUGAAGAUAAAUGGACCAAGUUUGAUGGUCUCACGAAACGAGAUGUAUUUGUAUUGACAGAGUUUGAAGGAGAUUUAUACAGCAAAUUGCAAAAAACAAAGUGUUUACUGGUUGGUCCCCGCUGUUUAUCAUGCUGUCUGACAGAAGGUACCCCAAUCCCUUCGGGCCCGGAGCCUGUGUACACAAUAGCGAUGAGAGGUCUGGUUGUUACAGCCAGUGGAUUGACCAAGGCGCAAAAGGAAGAAAUAAAGAAGAAAGUGCAUUGGAUGGGCGGCAUAUACAACACUGUUCUAACAGAUGACACAACUCAUCUAAUAUCAGACACAGUUCUCUCUGACAAGUAUAUUAAAGCUGUAGAAAAAGGCAUCCCAGUUAUGGCAAUGACUUGGCUGCAAGCGGUAUGGGACGCGUCCCUCCGCGCCAACGUCAGCGGUGCCUCUACAGACUUCCUCGUCCACCGAUUACCACCAUUCACGAACCUUCAAGUCACGACGUCUGGUAUCACUAAGAAGGAGAAGCAGUUAGUGAUGAAGCUCGUGAAUGAGCACGGAGGAGUAUUCUCAGGAGCCUUCCAGAGUGAGACCACUGAUGUUGUGGUGUUGACCAAAGACGGUGUCGGUAGUGAGAAGUACAAAGCCGCGCUAGAGUACGGCAAGGCGGUGGUCCUGCCCGCCUGGGUCAAGGACUCGGCCGCCAGGGGCGUGGCGCUGCCGCUCGCCAAGUACCGGGUGGCCGGGGCCUCCACAUCCUCACCACUCGCCGAGUCCAGGCUGCCUGAUAUGAGUUUAAACUUCUCCCGUAUCACAAACUUGAGGCCGCCGAGCAAUUUCGUUGAUGAAACAAGGUCUGCUGAUGUAUCGGUCAUGUCGGGGAAGGGGGUCAAGUUAACCCAGGAUGCGAAAAAAGCUGACGUGUCUAUAGACAAAGAAAUAUUAACAGCAUUUGAAAAUUUUGAUAUGAGUCUCAUCAAAAAGGCUGGUCCUAUAUUUGAUGGGUUCUGUAUCUGGGUAUCGGGCGUAGAGGGCGCGCUACGCGAGCGCCUGUCGGCGUGCGUGUCGCGCUGCGGCGGCGUGCGCUACGACGGGCCGCACUCGCGCGUGACGCACUGCGUAGCGCCGCGUAGCGCCGCCGCCGCCGCCGCGCGCCGCCUGCCCGCCGCGCCCGUGCUCAGCCCGCUGUGGCUGCUGCGCAGUGUGGAGGCGGGCCGCGCGCUGGACGAGGCUCAGUUCGUAAUAGACACGAAGCCGUCGACCCCGGGCAAGUCGAGUGCCCGCAAGCCCCGGCCCGAGCCGGCCUCGCCCAUGAGCAAGCGCAACCUGGCGCUACUGCGGCGGGGCCCGCUAGACCUGCCCCCGCCCACGCCCGAGGUGGACGAACCGCAAGACGAACUGGUUAACCAUUAUUUGAGUCAGAAAGUACCAGAACCAGAAGAAUCGAAAUCACCGGAGCCGAAGCGCAACGUAACCGUGCGACAGGAACAACCUGACGUCACGGAGGAUAUGGCUGAGGACCCCACCGAGGAGAUCGAACAAAUAUUUAGGGGCAUGAAAAUCGAAGUGCAAGGUCUCGACGAGGACGCCAUCUGUGAGCUAGGCGCGGAAGUGUCUGCGGCGGGCGGGAGGCUGGUCGCGGCCGGCGCGGGCGGCUCGCAUGUACUCGUGCCGCUGGACUUCGACACGGACGAACUGCUGAACGGGAAGGCAGAGCCUGUCACUGUGUUCUGGGUGAAAGACUGCCUGUCGCAACAAGAGCUGGUCCCUAUCCAGUACUACCACCGCUCGGUGAAGGUCCCCGCGGGCGCGCCGCUGGCCGGCGUCGUGGCCAGUCUCAGCACCUACAGCGGCGUCGAGCGGGCCUUCCUGGAUGAACUGGCCAAGCUGCUGGGAGCUACUACCCAGCUCCGCUUCUGCCGCCGCAACACAGCGACGGCCCUGGCGUCCACUCACCUGAUCUGCCCGACGGCGGCCGGCGACAAGUACGCGGGCGCGCUCAAGUGGGGGCUGCCCGCCGUCACCGCGGACUGGCUCGCGGCCUGCGCGGGCCAGGGCCGCAGGGUUAGUGAAAAGGAAUACCUCGUGGGGGAGACUAAAGCACCACCAUCACCACAACCACAACCAGAACCAACCGAUCCAAUAGAAGUGGCACCCGAACCAGAAAAACAAUCUCCACAACAACAGAACAUACAAGAGCACAUCGCGACAGACAAGGAGAACGCCAUGCUGCCGCCCGCCGCACGACGCGGGUCUGUGCCCAGUCGAGAACAAACUCCUAGUAAGAAAGACGUAGACGAGAUGUCCCCGGCGUCCCGCUACAUAGCGAUGGCGCGUCAGGGCCUGCUCGGGUCCGACUCGCAGGAGACGCCCAAGCGGGUCGCCGACCUGAAGGACGGGGCCAGGCAAGGGGACAACGUAGUAAGAACACCUCCUUUAGAAGACGCUCUGUCCACUCCUAACCUGGUGGGGCUGAGUCCCACCACGCGGUGGCGGCUGCAGGCCGUGCGGCGCGGGGAAAUGCCCUCCGACCCCAUACGGACACCGACUGACCCUUUCGCGCGGCCGCCGCCGACGCCGGACAGCGCGUUCGGCGCGGCGCUGCGGCCGGGCUCGGGCCGCAUGUCGCCCGACGCGCGCAAGCGGCUGUGGGCGCUCGUGCGCGACCUGCCCGGCAAGCAGGACCCGCCGCCACGGGACAAGCAUACGCCGUUGUCGGAGAUUCGAAAUCGGUUCUUGGCGCAGUUCAAUGGAGACGCUCCCACUCCACCCUCAGAACAUAAUCUAGCUCCGAGGAAAUUGCAACUACAAGAUCAAAGUGAAACACCCCCAUCUAAAAUACAGAAAUUGACUGAAGACCAGAGUCCAGGCGGCUUCAGUACGACAGCCGAAGACACUCCUAAGAGCGUGUCGUCGCCCGCCAUCCCGGCCGCGGUGGACGCGCAGCUGCAGAGACUCACCGCCGCGCUGGCGGGCAGGCUCAGCUCGCAGCGGGCCCGGCGGAACAGGGACUCGGUGUCCAUACCCGUGCCUGCACCGGAUUCCGAGCCGGCCCCCGAGUCGCAACCGAACACGGUCGGCUGGGACGACACGACGCCCGCGCAGCAGGCGGCCACGACCGAACCGGAGGCGGAUCGUGAAGCGGAACCGACGCCCGUCAAGAGGUUCAUGCUGUCUUCUAAUGUUGAUAAUCGCGAUGAAAUAAUAUCAAUGAUAACUUCACUUGGCGGUGAAAUAUGCGAGGGUGCGGAGUUAGACCCUCUCGCGACACACUUGAUAUGCGCGGCGCCGGGCCGCAGCGAGAAGAUGUUGGGCUCCGUAGCGGCGGGCCGGUGGGUGCUACACCCGCUGUAUAUAACUAGCAGUCAUGCCGCUGGGAGUUUUCUGUCGGAAGAAGAAUUCGAGUGGGGCAACCCGUCAGGCCGCCUGCCGCCGGUCGCGGGCGGGGAGCGCAGCCUGGCCCGCGCGGCGCACCGCUGGCGGGCGGCGCGCGCGCGCGGCGCGGCCGGGCCCUUCGCGGGGGUGGUGGCGCUGCUGCAUGUGCCUGACGCGCGCCGCCGCCUGCUGGCCAGGCUCGUCUGCGCGGGCGGCGGACACGCGCCUGAUGAUGAGCCGCCAUACACGAACGACAACAUCACAGUUUGCUUCGCAGACAUCAAACGCUAUCCGCUCUCAGACCGAGACAGCGCUUGGCUCAUAUCUAAGAGGAUACCAGUAUGUGCCCCUGUGUUACUAAGUUCAUACCUCACUGAUGACCCUCCGCCCAGGCCAGAGGAACACUGCUUACCGGAUUUUAGACCUUAACAUUCUAAGUUUCUGGAUGGUAAUUGAAUCACAACUUUAUAUGAUACAUUUUUGGCUUCAAUUGAUAAUGCUUGCCAGAAUUUAUAUCUUAUGUCCAUAUAUUUAGAGAUGUUAUCUGAAUGAGUCUCUUGAGGGUCUGUGACGUUAAAGCUAGUUGAAAUACAGAAGAACUUACAGAUAAUUGAACUUAGAUAAUAUUGGUUUAUCUGAUUUUAGACUUUAAAACGGUAAAAAUGGAUGUAGGCCCAAAAUAAAACGGUCUUUAAAAGCAAGGGAUUAUGAAUCCAUUUCUUAACCACAAAAAUGUGUCUAACUACGGCUACUUUCAGUAUUAAAGCUGGACUUUUCUGAGCUAAAAAAUAAUUUUAUAAUAAGUUCUUUCAAAUCAAACGUUGCGAAAUUGAAAUAAAGGACUUUGAUAACAUGUAGCUUAUUAAGUUAUCGCCUAAUUAAUGUGAAUGGAGAAAUACAGGUACCUCGUACACACGGCUACGUCAAUUUCCGAUAUCAGACCUCCUUAGUCUACAAUAAAAAAAUCACAUCAGUUUCUAUCUCUGAAAUGUCAAGUGUGUUCUCGUGAUAAGGUUUUAAGGCAUCGGAGGUUAAUGUUGCCUCGUGUAUGAAGUGCCUUAUAAAUAUGUAAUGUUAAAGCCGACUGACGUGUAUAAUUUGUAUAUUCUAGUUAUAGUUGAAUUAUUUUAUGACAAUAAUUAAAGAUUUAUAUAAAGAA